AUGGAAAAGAGGGGGAUGGGCAAAGGGAGAGGGAUGGGGAAAGGGGAGAGGGAUGGGGAUAGGGAGAGGGAUGGGGAAAGGGGAGGGAUGGGGAAAGGGAGGGAAGGGAUAGGGAUGGGGAAGGGGGAUGGGGAAAGGGGAGGGAUGGGGAAAUGGGGGAUGGGGAAGGGGAGGGAUGGGGAAAGGGUGAGGGAUGGGAAAAGAGGGGAUGGGGAAAGGACGAUGGAUGGGGAAAGGGAGAGGGAUGGGCAAAGGGAGAUGAUGGGGAAAGGGAGAGAGAUGGGCAAUAGGGGAGGGUUGGGGAAAGGGGAGGGAUGGGGAAAGGGAGAGGGAUGGGCAAAGGGAGAUGAUGGGGAAAGGGAGAGGGAUGGGCAAUAG